UAGGAAACACUCCAGAAAAGUAUAAAACUGCGCUGGUUGGGAUGGUCUUGAGAGCGGAAAAGACUGGAAUUGGAGCAAAAGUUGCACAAUGGAGUUUUGCAUAUUAUCAAUAAUUGCACUUCUGUCCUCGUUUUACAACGUUUUGGCGUUGCCACCUAAAGACGUGUGUCUCCUUCAAGUCGACGAGGGACCUUGCAGAGGUGAAAUAGAGCGCUAUCACUACAACACUAUCACCCAGAAGUGCGAGAUUUUCUACUAUGGAGGGUGCCAAGGAAAUGCCAAUAACUUCAAAAGUUACCAGGAGUGCCACAAAACAUGUUACAAAAUCCCAAAGAUUCCCCAAGUCUGUAGGUUCCCUAAAGAGGAGGGACCCUGCCGUGCCCUCUUCAGCCGCUACUUCUUCAACAUGACCACCAUGCAGUGUGAGCACUUUUAUUAUGGUGGCUGCAAUGGGAAUUCAAAUCGCUUCCAAGAUCUCCCCUCUUGCAUGGAGUACUGCAGUCCAAGAAAAACUGUUCCUGUGCUCUGCCUGGAUCCUCUGGACAAGGGGAAAUGUUCAGCUUCCAUACCAAGAUAUUACUACAACACAGCCAGCAAGAUGUGUGAGGAGUUCAUCUACUCCGGCUGUGGCGGGAGCAGCAACAACUUUGUCUCGCGGCAGAGCUGCAUGGACGUGUGUGUUAAAGGAGGGAAAAAGCACACCACCCAAAGAAAAAUGCGUCGCCUGAGAAGAAAUAGAAAUAAUCGCAUCACUUUCUGGCGAACAUAGACGUCUGUGACUUUCUCGGGAUUCUCACCUGGACAAGGACACAGCGGAGACUAACAUCUAUUAAACUGACGUUGUUUAUGCCAAAAAUAUCAACCAGGUCGUCAUUGCUGUUCAUUUUACUGGAAGAGAUUUUAGUGGAAUAUACACAAAUGUCGACUGUAGUCGUCUGUAAUACUGUAUGAGCUAUUUUCAAAUGUGAUUAUACUGUAUGUUGUUGACAAAGUUUAUUACUACUGCACUAGUGUUCCAGAUUCUGUAUUUUUUAUACUUUAUGUAUAUAAUAUAUCUUUUGUAUGAGUAACACAUUAUAAUGGUGAACUUUUUUGAUAAAAUAUAUGGAAUUUUA